GAGCUGAAUAUUUGAAGCACCACUCGGGCGCGCUUCGCAACCCGCAGCCUCUGAUCUGAUGGGUUUUUCAUGGUUUUUCACGGCGUUUACUGCCUGGUAAAGGCUGAAAAAAAAUUGGAGUCAUACGUGCAAAAUGUUCAUCAAAUGUUGCGCAUUGUGGCUCGAAACUUCGGAGGGUCACUGCUGCGGAGAACACCAGUGGAGCAGCGGCUUCGGAACCGCGAAGAUGGCACCCAAGUUUGAUCCCAACGAGGUGAAGGUGGUCUUUCUGAGACAGUAUGGUGGUGAGCAGGCGCCUUCAUCCGUGCUGGCGCCGAAGGUGGGCCCUUUGGGCAUGUCACCCAAGAAGGUGGGUGAUGACAUUGUCAAGGGCACCAGCCAGUGGAAGGGCAUCCGGGUCACUGUGAAGUUGACCAUCCAGAACCGACAAGCCAAGGUGGACGUGGAGCCCAACGCCACCAGCCUCAUCAUCAAGGCGCUGAAGGAGCCAUUGCGUGACAGGAAGAAGACCAAGAACAUCAAACACAGUGGCAACCUCACCAAGAAUGUGUUCCUGGACAUCUGCCGGCAGAUGAGGAAGAAGAGCUUGGCCAAGGAGUUCAAGGGCACGGCCAAAGAGAUCCUGGGCACCUGCUUCGCGGUGGGCUGCACGGUGGAUGGCCAGAAGCCCGGCGCCUUGCAACAGGCCAUCGAUGAAGACGAGUGGGAGCUGCCCACCGAGUGA